UUGCAAAAUUACUUGUCUUUUAUUUCUUCCGUUUUCUCUCAUUUCUUCGUCUCUUUUGCCCGCUGGAGGACAUGACUCCUUGUCUGUGAAGCUCCUUGUGCUAUUGUGAUACCUAAUUCUGAUUCUAAUACCUUGGAAGAUGGAUUGUUAUAAUGGAGUAAGAAGACAGAUGUACUGAAGCUGUUGCAAAGAGGGUGCUUCAUCACGCAAUGGCAGGAAGUAGUGAACAUGUGGCAUUACUAGAGGCUGUUGAUAGCCGAAGCGAAGAAGACGUCUCAGCUCAGGAGAAUGAAAGUUCAAUACAGCAGAAUGCCCAGCACUAUGUGAAUGGGCUGAAUGCGCCUGAGGACGAGAGCCUAGAGGCUGAAUCUCCUGGGGAUGAUCUGCCGAAUGAGAAUACUGUUGUCGGAGGAGAUGGAGGUGGUGAGAACAGUGAUGAAUGUGACAAUGCACGUGCAAGUACAUUUUAUGUAGACCAGCAAGAGAGCCCGGCACAUGAGGACCGUGGGCAGCUAAACCUUUUGUCUGCAGCAUUUGAGAGUCUGGAUUAUGACACUUGCAUCAACUCUGUCUGGCUGGAUGAAGAAAGAACAAAAGGCUACACCUUCAUUGUGAAAAAGGAUGCUGCCCGUUGGCUUUUCCUUAUAACUGGGGUGCUGACGGCGCUUGUGGCCUGUGCAAUUGACAUCACAAUAGAGUGGUUGUCCAAGUUCAAAUACUCAUGGUUAAAACAAUAUACGGAUGAGGGUGUGGAAAAUAAUACUCUUGCUAUUCCUUUUUUCCUCUGGGGUGCACUAAAUGUUGGUCCAGUCUUAAUAGCAGCAUUUUUAGGAUCUUAUGUGGAGCCUGUGGCAGCGGGAAGUGGAAUUCCCCAAGUGAAGUGCUACCUUAAUGGUGUGAAGGUUCCCCGUGUGGUCAGAAUAAAGACGCUCGCAAGCAAAGCCUUUGGUGUCACAAUGUCAGUGCUGGGAGGAUUGGCUGUAGGAAAGGAAGGUCCAAUGAUUCACUCGGGUGCUGUCAUAGCCGCGGGCGUUUCUCAGGGAAAGACGACCUCCUUCCAGCGGGACUUUGGUUUCUUUGAGUACUUUCGGGAGGACCACGAGAAGAGAGAUUUUGUGUCUGCUGGUGCUGCUGCGGGUGUCGCUGCAGCAUUUGGUGCCCCUGUUGGUGGUGUGCUGUUCUCCUUGGAGGAAGGUGCAAGUUUUUGGAACCAGAGCCUUACUUGGAGAGUGUUCUUUGGAGCCAUGAUGUCUGUCUUUACACUUAACUUGGUCCUCUCAGCAUACAAUGGUGUUCCUGGAAAGCUGGCAUACAAUGGACUCCUAAACUUCGGCAAAUUUGAUGACCUCACUUACGAGAUCUGGGAGUUCAUUCCAUUCCUCCUGAUGGGUAUCAUGGGCGGCUUGCUCGGUGCUUUGUACAACCACAUCAACUACAAACUCACCGCAUUUAGGAUGAAGUACAUAAAUAGGCCAUGGCGUAAAAUUGUUGAAGCUGUGUUUGUAGCUUUCAUGACAGCUGUUGUUGCCUUCCUCAUGAUUUACUUGCUCCAUGAUUGCCGUGAUAUUGACACCAAGUCGUCUGAGUACCCAAUUCAGAUGUUUUGCAAGUAUGGAGAAGAAAAUGCAGCAGCUGCUAUCUGGUUCCAGACACCAGAAAAGAGUGUUCGUUCUCUAUUUCAUGAUCCAACUGACUCAUUUUCAUGGACAACCUUGGGAGUGUUCUUCACCUGCUACUUCUUCUUGGCUUGCUGGACAUAUGGCCUAGGUAUCCCAUCAGGCCUUUUCAUCCCAACACUUCUGUGUGGUGCUGCCUGGGGUCGCCUUGUAGGAAAGCUCAUGUCACUGCUCUUCCCUGAUCAGGCUUGGGCUGAUGAAGGCAAGUACGCUCUUGUGGGAGCUGGAGCAAUGCUGGGAGGUGUCGUGCGCAUGACACUGAGUCUGACAGUCAUCUUGAUGGAGUGCGUCGGCAACAUUACCUUUGGCUUGCCUCUGAUGAUCGUGCUGAUGGUAGCCAAAUGGGUUGGGGAUUUCUUCAAUGAGGGCUUGUAUGACAUUCACAUUCAGAUGACUGGUGUACCGAUUAUGGCUUGGGAGGCCCCACCUCUCUCAAAUAAUAUUUAUGCCUCAGAGGUGAUGAAUCGUCCAGUUGUUUCCCUCCGCACAGUUGAGCGUGUGGGCCGUAUUGUUGCAGUGCUAAAGUCUUAUUCCUACAAUGGCUUUCCAGUAGUUGAUUCUCUUCCCACUGGGGAGGAUGAACGAUACUUUAAGUCUUUCGGCACACUAAGAGGGCUCAUUUUACGCUCUCAGCUAACCGUUUUGUUAAAACACAAGAUAUUUAAUGAGAAUGCAGAGAUCUGGCAGGAUGGCAAAGUGGACAUCCACUUGUUCCGGCUCUCAUAUCCUCGCUACUACACCCUAGACCAAGUGAACCUUGACCAGGCAGAUAUGAAUUGCACUGUUGAUCUACGACCAUUUAUCAAUCCGUCCCCAUAUUCAGUCAUGGCCUGCACAGCCCUGCCAAGGGUGUUCAAUCUGUUCCGAGCACUGGGUUUGAGACACCUGAUUGUGAUCAAUGACAAUAAUGAAGUGGUGGGCAUGGUGACACGCAAGGACUUGGUCAAGUACAGGGUGUGGAAACACCGAGGGCAGAUGGGCCUAGAGGAACUAGUCAUAUAUAAUAAUGUUUGA